AUGGACGCCGCGACCCCUCGCCCGCAGUCAACCCUUCCGCCACGCAGGAAGGGUCCCCCUGCGCCCCUUCGCAUCGACACGCCUCUUUUCAACCCCGGCGUGGCCUUCUUCUCGAGCGACAGCUCCGCUUCCGCGUCCACCCUCUCUUCCACCACUUCUGACGCCGAUUCUUUUAUCCUCCCCUCCCCCAGCAAACCUCGAUCCCUCCGUAACAUGAAGAAGCUGUCCAUAACCCUCCCAUCGGCCCAAUCCUCAUCCAACUCCCUCACUCUCCCCGCCGUCGACCCCACCAACAUAGUCCCUCCGACUCCUUCGCUGGGGCCAAAACGGCGCCCGUCUGUCAUCUCCCUUCCCAAUACAAGUACGAACCUCCUUCGUAGGAAAGGCGAGGAUGGAGAUGGCUCCCCCACCGUGGCAUACGCCGAUGGGCCCGCUCAGAUCUUGCCUGGGAUAUGGCUCGGUUCGGAGGAUAACGUUCGAGAUUGGAGAGGUCUCAUGGAGCGAGGCAUCAAAUCGGUCCUGAACGUAGCCAAGGAGGUUCAGACCGAUUUCGACCAGCAGAGCACACAAGCUCUGCGCCCGUUCAUGUCGACCCCCGACCUGAACGACUCACAUACGGACUCAACACGUCGGGACUCCUCGUACUACCCCGCGCACUUACCCAGCGGCAGACCCGCCAUGCACUAUCUCAAACUCCACUGGUCGCACGGACAGUCCGAUCUCGUGCACACAGGGUUCCCAGCAGCGUUCGCGUUCGUCGAUCGCGCACUGGAACGUGGAGACGGCGUGCUCGUACACUGCCAAUGCGGCGUCUCUCGCUCAGCCACGUUGGUCAUCGCACUGGUUAUGCGUGCAGCCGCACAGCGCUCUGCAAGCGUCCCCUCUGAGGUAUGGGCGCUGAAAGGCAUGCAAGGCGCGUACUCGUUCGUCAAAGAAAAGAGCAAGUGGGUUGGCCCCAACAUGUCGCUCAUUUACCAGCUCCUGGACUAUGAACGGACACUGAAAACGGGAGAUUCAUCUCCGACCCCGUCUGAACUCUCCGCGGAAGAGGAGUGGGGUCGCAGGCGUCAAGCGAUGGAGGACACCGAUACCGAGGAUGACCGUGAAAGCAUCGAGAUGAUGCGUGAAGCGAAGGCGCUCGACCAGGCCAUGGAAGACCGCAUCAUCGCCCGCAAAUCGUCUUCGUCGUCACUUGAAUCAACGGGUCACGGUCGCGGGAUGGGUCCGGCUUGGCGAUCGAAGUACGGCAGUCAGCGCAAACGCAAGGGUUCCGCAGCCAGCAUUCUCACCAACGGCAGCAUCCUCAGCGAAGAUCUCGUCGAGGAGGAUGAGGAAGAGGAACUUCUCGGCGUGCGCCGCAACUUCGACGCCGUCAGCCUGGGUGCCAGGAGCUCGAGUGCGGAGCCCACAGAAGACGACUCGCCGUCAGAGUCGUCGAGUCAGCCGUUCCGCCGUCCUGGCGUCUUCAGCCCUCCGAUGUCUGGUACAUUGACCGCUCGCCCUCCGGGCUUGUUCCUGCCCCCGUCCGCGCCUGCUCACAAGACCAAGUUCUCACUUCCCCCAGUGCCGGCCACAGCUGUGAGGUCGACCUUCGACUUGACUCCUCGCGCACCACGUACGGCCAAACCCCGUCGCCGGCCGCCCCCGCUCGGUAUACUUCCUGCAGUACCCGCAUCACCCAUCGUCCCCGUCAACGCCCCCAUCGCGCACCCCCGGACACGCACAGAGUCCCGCAAGCCGGAAACCCCACCCGCGCAUCUGCGCGGCGGACCUGUCAAAACUACUCCGCCGAGAAGCCAAGCUUCCUCGGCUCUGGCGACACCCUCUCAGACACUCUUCGUCUUCCCUCCGUCUCCCACCCUCACGGCGCGGACGCCUUCGACGCUGACCAUUACGUCGAACUCGUACCCCUUCCCGUCGAUCUCGACGCCUCGCGUGUCGACGUUCAAGUCGGAGGGACGCCGCAGAUCCUUUAUCGGCCUCACUGCCCCCGCCACGCCCACGGUCGCUUCAUCGCGCGUCGAUGUGCGUGGCUGGAUGUCAUGA